UUUCUCUUGGGAGACGCAUCACUCAUCACCAGGUUGGGACUAAGGUCUCUCUCACUUUCCGAAAAACUCUAAUUUACAAAAAUCUUAUAAUCCUCGAAUCCUCAGUCGAAACCCUAAUCCCGAAACAUUCGAUUUUUCCCUCAAUUCAAUCGUUUUUUCCCUUUCGAAAAAACCCUAGUUUGUUCCUCGCUCUUAGAGAUGGACAUCGAGCAGAGGCAAUCGGAGCUCAUCGAUCACUUCGUCAAGCGAGCUUCCGCAGUCUCCGACGCCGCUGCACUCGCCUCCGUCCUCGUCGAAGCCACUUCUCACCCUUCGCUAUUCGCCUUUUCCGAGAUUCUCGCUCUUCCCAAUGUUCUUCAGCUUGAAGCAACCGAGAAUUCUGCUUUCCUUGAUAUGCUUCGGUUGUUUGCACACGGAACGUGGAGUGAUUACAAGAGUAAUGCUGACCGUCUACCACAAUUGAUACCUGAUCAGAUCCUCAAGCUUAAGCAACUUACAGUUCUUACGCUAGCUGAAACACACAAGGUAUUACCCUAUGACCAAUUGAUGCAGGAGUUAGAUGUGACAAAUGUUCGUGAACUUGAAGAUUUUCUAAUUAAUGAAUGCAUGUAUGCGGGAAUAGUCCGUGGAAAGUUGGAUCAAUUGCGACGAUGCUUUGAGGUCCAAUUUGCAGCAGGAAGGGACUUGAGGCCUGAUCAACUUGGGAAUAUGAUCCAGACUCUCUCUAACUGGUUGACUACCUCAGAAAGUCUGCUUGUUUCAAUCCAAGAGAAGAUCAAAUGGGCAGAUGCUAUGAGUGAAAUUGACAAGAAGCACAGGAAGGAUGUGGAGGAGAAGGUGGAAGAAGUAAAGAAGUCUAUUUUCAAGGCCGACAUCGACUUCAGAGGCCAUGAGGAGAUCUGCUCUGAAUCUGGUGGAGUGAUGGAUUAUGAAGAAGAUCGAAGCCGACCAAAGAGGAGGCGGCAUCCAAUAUCUUGAAGAUUGUAGUAGAUAAAGGAGCUCAUUGGAUGAGUUCUUUAGUUGCUUGCCUGACUUUUAUUCAUGGCAUGCGUCCACAGAGGGAAUCAGCUUUUGCAGACAAGUAUAUAUCUCAUCGAUAUUACUCGUCUGUCACACCACAAGGCGAGAUAGGAACAAGGAGAAAAAAAAGGGGGAAACCUGUUAAUUUCUUCGAGUUUGUAUUUAGGAAAAUUGAUGGUGUUUCUCGAACCAUUUUAAUCUAAUACUGAGUUGGCAAGAACAAGCUGAGAUGGUGGUGCGGCUAUUUAUUUUUGGGUUGCUGAAUUUAUACUAUUUUCUUUUGUAUUAUGCUUCAUAUAUGCUGCUUCAAUAGCAUUACUAUACUUUGUGGCGAUUAUGUAUUCCCAGUUAGAUUUUAGAUUCGUAUAUUCUAACAUUCAAGCUUGUUGGCCUCCAUCGUAUAAAUCUACUGCUGGUGAUUAUGAUAA